CUCAGCGCUCCUGUGUUGGCUGGUCCGUGACAGGUCCUGGACUGCCCCGUUUAUCUCAGCAAGAAUGCCGAUUUUGAACAGAAGUUGUUGCGGAUGCAAUCUUCAGAAUGGGUCGAUCAUCUCAGGCUGCAUUACUUUGCUGGGUGGCCUGGUGUACUUCAUUGGGCUGGUCCUGAUGCUGGUCUUCAACAAGGAGAUCGAGGAUUACAUGGAUACCCUGAAGGAACAACACUACCUGUCAUUCGACCUUACUGGGUUCAUGAGCUGGUUCACCAUGGUGAUCCUGUCGACUAUUCUGGCCUUCGUCUACCUGAUCUUCACCUGCCUGAUGCUGUACGGCUGCCGUGAGGAGCGGCGCGUCUUCCUUAUGCCCUGGAUGCUGAUGACGACACUGGAGGUCUUCGCCGUGCUGGUGGGCAUCAUCAUGGCACUGGUCAGCCUGGGUGACUUCCAGCCGGUCUACAGCGCGAUCACCGGUAUCAUCGGCUUCAUCGCCGUUGGCUGCUACGCCUACAUGCUGCUGAUCGUCGUCAGCUAUUAUCAGUACCUGAAGGACACCCAGGAUGGAUACUAUCCGCCUACAGAGAUGAGCAAGCACUAGGCGGGCCGCUAUGGCGACCGGCGCGCUGUUGCCAUGGCAGCAAACCCCGCUGGCGUCACAUCAGCUGGCUGUUGCUGAGGUUGUCGCGUGUUUACCAGCCGAACGGCCCAUGCGAAAGGGAGUAUGAUUGGGUUGAAACAUCAAAACAGAGAAUAGGACUGGGGAUGAUCAUUCAGCAGCUUCCUGAGAGCAAAGAAGAGAACGAUGAACAAUGCCUUGACGUCUUCCGGAAAGGGCAUGAUUUCGCUUUAGAAGAUCUUAUUACGAUUCUUAACACCGACAUGUGCAUGCUGUGUUUCAAGCGCAGUGAACCUGACGUCGGUACCUCAGCGGCUCUGCCUUUUGCAGCAGCCAUCACUAACUUCGCUUUGUUUGUGCCGCCCGUCUGGUGAAACGCGGAGAACGCUGCUACGAUUUACCAUUAACGCCAGCUGAUUGUCAAGGCCCGAAUGACACGCUUUUUUCCCGCGGCAUCCCACUUUCGACGUGAUCCAUCCCCUCCGAUCUGGGCCACCCCGGCCC